UUUUAUUCGUUUUCUGGUGGCAUUGACUCGCUGUCCCGAUAGGAAAGCAGCGACAGAGGAGCGGAGCAGGAGGUGGGGAAAGCUUCCCGGACAGAGCACGGCGGAGGAGAGGUAUUGGCAUGGUGGACUGCAGUGCAUCAAAACACAAGAUAAUAUGUGAUGCCCUGAAGAGUGCUGUAUUAUGGCAAUAUUCAUGCCUGGUGACUUUUGAAGAUUACCUUCUUCUUGCUUUCCUUGUGCCAUGUUCUGUGGCCCUCAUCAGAAGGAGAGUUUGUCUUCAUGAAGAUUCCUAAUCUUGGUAAUGUGAUGAAUAAAUUUGAGGUCCUUGGGGUUGUAGGUGAAGGAGCUUAUGGAGUGGUGCUUAAGUGUCGGCACAAGGAAACAAAGGAAAUUGUGGCCAUCAAGAAAUUUAAGGAUAGUGAAGAAAAUGAAGAAGUCAAGGAAACGACGUUGCGAGAGCUUAAAAUGCUCCGUACUUUGAAACAAGAAAAUAUAGUGGAGCUGAAAGAGGCCUUUCGAAGAAGAGGGAAAUUAUAUCUGGUCUUUGAAUAUGUUGAAAAAAACAUGCUUGAGUUGCUGGAAGAAAUGCCAAAUGGAGUUCCUCCGGAGAAAGUAAAGAACUACAUUUACCAGUUAAUCAAGGCUAUUCACUGGUGUCACAAGAACGACAUCGUCCAUAGAGAUAUUAAACCAGAAAAUCUUUUGAUUAGUUAUAAUGAUAUCUUGAAGCUCUGCGACUUUGGCUUCGCACGAAAUUUGUCAGAAGGCAGCAAUGCCAAUUAUACAGAAUAUGUGGCCACCCGGUGGUACCGAUCUCCAGAGCUGCUCCUAGGGGCUCCAUAUGGAAAAGCUGUUGACAUGUGGUCUGUAGGCUGUAUCCUAGGAGAGCUGAGUGAUGGACAACCACUUUUUCCUGGGGAAAGUGAAAUUGACCAGCUUUUCACAAUUCAGAAAGUUUUAGGGCCUCUACCUUCAGAGCAAAUGAAACUUUUCUAUAGUAAUCCUCGUUUCCAUGGAAUGCGGUUUCCGGCUGUUAACCACCCCCAGUCUUUGGAAAGACGAUAUCUGGGAAUUAUUAGUGGUGUUUUACUUGACCUUAUGAAGAAUUUAUUGAAGCUGAAUCCAUCUGAUAGAUACCUGACCGAGCAGAGCUUGAAUCACCCUGCCUUUCAGACACAGAGACUCUUAGAUCGUGGUGGGAGUUCACCCUCCAGAUCAGCCAAGAGAAAAACUCACCACUCAGAAAGCAAUUCCUCAAGCAGGAAACCAUCAACCAAAAGCUCUUCUCAUCACCGGUCAAACAGCAAAGAUGUUCAAACGCUUUCUGUGGGACCAAAACGAAGCGAAGAUUCCCACCCACCAAGCGAAACCUUUAUAAAUGGAAAUCACCCUGCAGGUUCUCACAGCCCAACAGUCCACCCCAAAAAAAGUAACCAAAGUGGAUCUGGAAGCAAGGAUCCAGCCAGUAAUAAUUUGCCGCAUCUUCUUAGUCCAAAGGAAGCAAAGUCAAAAAAUGAAUUUGACUUUAGUCCUGAGCAAAAAUCCACAGACGGCCCAGGCACUAAAUACUUAAAAUCAAAUUCUCGUUCUCAUCAGAAUCGACAUUCAUUUAUGGAGGGAAAAACAGGAAGCUUGCAACCAAGUGAAAAACAUGCACGCCACAGCUACAUUGACACAAUUCCCCAGUCCUCAAAAAAAAGUAGUUCAUACUAUUCAAAAAGUCAUGGUGUCUUGACAGAUUCCAAAUCAGUGGGCAACCUUAGCGAAGCUAGAGGCCAAAUAUUAGAACCAAGCAGUCGAUAUUUUCCAUCCAGUUGUCAUGACUUAAAUUCUCCAACUAGCCCUGCUGGGCCAAGACAUGGGGACAGUAGAGCCAUGCUGAGUCCCUCCGGAAGGACUAAUAGAAAAGAGGGAACUUUGGAGUCUCGAAGGCCUACUACACGGCAUUCCAGAACUAUGGAGGAGCUGAAACUCCCCGACCAGAUGGAUAGCAGUCAUUCACACUCUCUGUCAGCCCCACAUGAGUCUUUUUCCUAUGGCUUAGGCUAUACUAGCCCAUUCUCCUCCCAGCAGCGUCCUCAUCGGCAUUCCAUGUAUGUAAGCCGGGAUAGAGUGCGGGUAAAAAGCACAGAUGCAGGGCUGACAGUUGGACAGGGAAUGGCAUCAAGAGCCAACAGUCUACAGUUGUUAUCGCCUCAGGUACAGCAUCGAACAUUGACUAGAUCGGUUGGAUCAUCGCGAGAGGACUGCACUGAGGACACUGCUAGGCAGGGUGACCAGGUCCCACCAGAAGCAGUCCACUCAAGACCUUUAGCUAAAGAUCCCAACAGAGAUGGUACAGCUUCAUUUCACACGCGACAAAAGUCUGAGGGUGGACCAUAUCAUGAUACCCACCCCGAUGAUGGAGCUUCUUCAAAAGAAAAUCGUCACAUAUACAGUGAGACAAUUCCAAGGCGAGUUGGCAGCUUCUAUAGAGUUCCAUCUCCACGUCCAGAGGGUACCUUUCAUGAAAAUACUGUGUCAAACCGUGGUCCAUCUCACCCAGUUGACAACAGCGGGGGCACAAAUCACUCAAAGAGACAGACUACUUUUGAUCACUGGAAGAGUGCAGAAAAAAGCCAUUCUGAACAAAUUAAGGACAAGGAAAAGCAAGGUUUCUUCCGAGUCAUUAAAAAGAAAAAGAAAAAAUCCCAAACUACAGACCCUACUGACUCUGAGAAACCAAGCAUCAAGAAAAGCCUCUUUCCACUAUUUAGUUCAAAGAAUCAUUUAAAGCGUAGCACCUCUUUGAAAAAACUCAAUCUGCCAAUGAUGCCUAGUACUGAUGGUCAAGAACAUCUGGUCAUACAGAAAGGUAUUCACUCAUCUAGCCACAAAAGCAGCAGGCACAAAGAGUGGCGUCCAGACAAGAUGGGGGAAAUUCACUCUCAUAGUCAGCCUUUAAAAUCUCUUUGGAAAUUGCUACACCCCUCUUCAUCCUCAAACCAUCCUGCACCACCCGAUCCUCGUUUUCAACCGUUGCCUAACCAGCCCCCGAAGACACCUUCUUUUGCAGAAGCCAGAAUACACCCAAUGGGUCAAACUUCCAGUGGAGGAGGUGGUGUCCAUCGACAGGAACCUCAGCCAAAAAGCAGACAGGGUCUGCAUAUCCCAGGGCAAGCUGAUCCUGUUUGGCACGUGUCCCCUGUAAAUAGAGGGACCAAUGAAGGAGCACCUUUUCCUGACCAGCUGACUUCAAAACCUGGACAGAAUGGUCUCCAUUUUAACCGGACAAAAAGAACACGCUUACCAAAUCUGAAUGACUUAAAAGAGACAGCUCUUUAGUUGUCAGGUGUAUGCAAAGGAAAGGUUUAGAUUAAAACAAUAAGUGUUGGGUAAAUGGUUAUUUUGGCAGAGCAGAUUAAAACAGAUCUAUAUAUAUUGAAGUACUUAUAGCUAUAUUGAUAUGUGCAAUAUGCUUGUGUGAGGCUACACUGUGCAGCAACCCACCCACAAAUUCUUCUGUUGAUUGUUAAGGUUUUUUGUUACUUUGUGACAUUAGAAUGUGCAAUAAGGAAAGGUGUCAAAACGUUGAGGAGUUUACCCCAUAGGCAUAAGAUGUUUCUGUAUCACAAAGUUUGAUAUUUCUCUCAAAGCAAAACCAUUACAGACUUACAACAUUCUCAAUAUGUAAUUGCUAAGAAGACGGGGGACUCAAAAAAAGGGAACUUUCUUUUUUUUUAGAAAAAGGAAAACAAAACUUCCAUACUUGAUCAUUUUUGUAAGAAUUAUUUAUGAUGAUUUAUCAUAAGGUCAUUAUUGUUAAAAGAUAUUUUAAGCUGUUAUAAAACAUUGUGACACAGUACACUUACAGUUUGACAUUUAUAUAUUGCAUUAAGAGUAUUAUAUUAUAAUAUAUAUAUAUAUAUAUAUAUAUAUAUAUUAUAUCUGCACACUCAGACAUUUGUGUGUGUAGUUUGUUUAUAUGUUAAAUUACUGUCAAUUUUAUAACGUUAAAACAUUAAAAUUACAUAUAUUGUUAUGACA